AUGGCUCGAGCCAAAUCGCCCGCCGCCCGGGCAUCUCCCACCGCGCCGCCUCCCCCUCCGCCGACAUCCAAUACCGUCUCACGAACCAAGCCGAAGCGUCCUGACGACUAUACAUCAGAGGGCGUCGAAGAUAACGAUGUCUUCCUCCUACCAAUCUCAGACUACCAAUGGAUGCUGGGCUUGACAGUCCUCGGUGCCAUCGUACGGCUCUUCCGUAUCUACCAGCCAACCAGCGUUGUCUUCGACGAAGUCCAUUUUGGUGGAUUCGCUUCCAAGUACAUCAAGGGCAAGUUCUUCAUGGAUGUCCACCCGCCCCUGGCCAAACUCCUCAUCACCUUGUUCGGCUGGCUAGCUGGCUUCGAUGGUGACUUCGACUUCAAAGAGAUUGGCAAGGAUUAUCUUGAACCUAAGGUUCCCUACGUUGCCAUGAGACUGUUCCCUGCCAUCUGCGGUGUCCUACUGGUGCCCACCAUGUUCCUCACGCUCAAGGCUGCGGGAUGCCGAACAUUUACAGCUGCCAUGGGUGCUGGUCUGAUCAUCUUCGAGAACGGUCUUCUGACUCAGGCACGCUUGAUUCUCCUCGACUCUCCUCUGAUGAUUGCCACUGCCUUCACUGCCCUGGCCUUCACGUCUUUCACAAACCAACAUGAAUUGGGACCUACCAAGGCCUUCCAGCCAAGCUGGUGGUUCUGGCUUGUCAUGACUGGUCUUGGCUUGGGUGCCACCUGCAGCAUCAAGUGGGUUGGUCUCUUCACCAUCGCCUGGGUUGGAAGCUUCACCCUCAUUCAGCUCUGGGUUCUCCUCGGUGACACCAAGACUGUGACUCUGCGCAUAUUCGCUAAGCACUUUAUGGCUCGAGUAUUCAGCUUGAUCGUCAUCCCCGUAACCUUCUACAUGGCCAUGUUUGCUAUCCACUUCCUCUGCCUGGUCAACCCCGGUGACGGCGAUGGUUUCAUGAGCUCCGAGUUCCAAUCUACUCUAAACUCGAAGGGUAUGCAAGACGUUGCCGUUGACGUUCUGAUGGGCAGCCGAGUUACUAUCAGACAUGUGAACACUCAGGGUGGCUAUCUUCACUCGCACCCCCUGAUGUACCCCACUGGUAGCAAACAGCAACAGAUCACUCUGUACCCCCACAAGGAUGAGAACAACAUCUGGCUCUUGGAGAACCAGACUCAACCCCUGGAUAUUCAUGGCGAGCCCAUUAAUGGCACCUCUGCAUGGAACAACCUUCCUGAAAUUCCGUACAUCAAGGAUGGCGAUGUCAUUCGGCUGUACCACUUGCCAACUCAUCGCCGUCUUCACUCCCACGAUGUCCGACCCCCUGUCACCGAGGCUGACUGGCAGAACGAAGUAUCUGCCUAUGGUUAUGAAGGCUUCGAUGGCGAUGCCAAUGACUUCUUCCGCGUCGAGAUUGUUAAGAAGAGAUCCAAGAAGGGUGUAGCUCAGGAGCGAGUCCGUACCAUUGAGACUAAGUUCAAACUUGUUCACAUCAUGACUGGCUGCGUUCUCUUCUCCCACAAGGUCAAGCUUCCGGAUUGGGCUUCUGAGCAGCAAGAAGUCACUUGCGCCCGAGGAGGCACUCUCCCCAACAGUUUGUGGUAUGUGGAGUGGAAUGAGCAUGACGCCCUCGGUCCGGAUGCAGAGAAGGUCAACUAUGACCGCCCUGGUUUCUUCCGCAAGUUCUGGGAGCUGCAGGAGGUGAUGUGGAAGACAAACGCCGGACUCGUCGAGUCGCACGCCUGGGAUUCUCGACCGCCAUCUUGGCCCGUCCUGCGACGAGGCAUCAACUUCUGGGGCAAGGACCAUCGUCAGAUCUACCUUAUUGGUAACCCAAUUGUCUGGUGGAGUUCCACCUUGGCUGUGGUCAUCUAUGUGCUCUUCAAGGGCGUUGCCGUCCUCCGAUGGCAACGCAGCUGCAACGACUAUGCCAACGCUGUCUUCAAGCGAUUUGAUUACGAGAUUGGCACAUCGGUUGUGGGGUGGGCAUUCCACUACUUCCCGUUCUACCUGAUGCAACGCCAGCUUUUCUUGCAUCAUUACUUCCCAGCUCUGUACUUCGCCAUUAUCGCUUUCUGCCAAGUGUUCGACUUCGCCACCGCGAGAUUCUCGAGUCUUGUUCGCGACCCGGUCGUGAACAAGGCAUUGGCAGUGAGCUUCCUGGCUCUAUCAGCCGUCGUGUUCGCGCUCUUCUCCCCGCUGGCAUAUGGCAACCCGUGGACUAAGGCUGAGUGCAACCGCGUGAAGCUGUUCAAUACUUGGGAUUUUGACUGCAACACUUUCUAUGACAACUACGACCAAUACUCUUCCGUUGCGGUCAAGUCUUCUCCCCAGCCCACAGCAUCCACAGCACCACCAGUCAACAUUCCCGUCCAGGGCGGACAGCAGGGACAGAUUCCGAUCGCACAGAAGGCCAAGGAGGCCCCGGGCGAGCCGGCGGCGGGGAUUUCCGGCGCGCCCCCGCCGCCCGCCGGCCAGCGCAUCCUCUCGCGCGAGGAGCGCAUCGAGUACCGGGACCAGGACGGCAACGUGCUCAACGAGGAGCAGGUGAAGGCGCUCGAGGGCAAGGUCGAGUUCAAGACGCGCUACGAGACGCGCACGCGCGUGGUCGACGAGAACGGCAACGAGGUGGUCAAUCUCGGCGUCGGCGAGUCGCCGGACCAAGACGCCCCAAGGCAGCCCGUGGCGCCACCCCCGCCGGCCGCCGAGGGCGGUGACCAGCAGACCAGGAAGCUGGUGCCCGACGAGCCGAUCGUCAAGGACGCCGCCAAGAGCGUCGAGGGCGAGAACGAGGCCAAGGCGAAGCUGGCCAAGCCGGCGAGCGAGGGCAACGAGGCCACGGCCGGUCAGUAG